GUCGACUACGCGGAUGGCGAAAUAUUCGACUUUUUCACAAUAUAAGACACUGUAACGCGGGUGUUACACGAUCGUCACCGAGUUGCGCGUGUCACGGUCAUCCUAACUUCGUUAACAUGGUGAUGCCCCUCGGUCGACCAACGUACUCCUUGUGCCAUGAGCUGUAUAUGUGUACUCACACAACAACGGAAACCAUGCAAUGUGCGAGUCGAUAUCGUACUUUUCGUUUUUCGUCUCGAUAAUAGCAUGAAUGAAAUUGUCAAGUUUCAGAUCAGCGACGCACAGCCGAGAUGGCGUAUGCGCGCGCAUACUAAAGCAAGGUGGAAGAUAGAAGAGUGACAGGGAGAUGACUGUAAGAUGAAGAAGGACGAUUCGAGAAAUGAGAUGUACAUAGAAAGGUGCAGAAGAGAAAAUCGAGGUGCCGGCAAACUGAACAGUUUAAUGCAUGCUGAGCGCUCGACCGGAGUGCAGCGAACAGAAGCAAACCUUUCCGUGAACGGUUUUAAUAUUUCAAGUGAGAUGUUUCGAUUCAACGAUCUACGGACGAUUUUCUUCCUACUUCUGGCAAUUCAGUUGCAACAAUUCCUCCCUCAUAGACAAGGAAUGAUGUUGACCGAGGCCAGAAUGGAAGUACAGUUUGCGAAAUGCUGCGGUCUGGGUACCGCGUGGGCUAUGGAAGGGCUUGGUUGUGAAAAGUUCUCAGGACCAGUGCCUGGGGUGCCAACAGUGGAGCAAGGUCUUUGCUUGGAAGCUGUGGACAUUUGUUGCGUGAGAGCCUAUCACGAACAGCAAUGCAAGAAAGGAAAAUCGGAUGCACGUGCUGGUUUGGCAUGUGUUACCAGUACCAAAGCGAAACGCGCAGGUCCUGGUGAUUAUCAUCGAGAUUGUUGCGAAGCAUGUAAAUUAGGUAUCUUAACGGGAUCUAUGGGUCAAGGAUGUGCUUUCAAAAGCUUCAAUUUUGGAAAUCCAUGGGAUCCUGCUUUUUUGGAAUGCUGUCACGAAGCAUCACCAAGUACUACGACAACGUUAACUUCAGACUCUACGAACUCAACUUCGUCGAGUGACACUUCGGAAACUGAAUCAAGUUCCUCUUCGUCAACAUUCUCGAUUUCAUCAUCGUCAUCUACGGAUAUGAGCUCAGACUCAACGUCCUCCUCUCCAUCGAUACCUACCCCUCCAUUGGACGACAUCUGUCAACUUAUGAAAGGAUUACUGUGUUCUGAUAUCUGCGUCCCUACACAAGGAUCUUAUUAUUGCAAAUGCCGCGAGGGUUUCACUCUACUGGAAGAUGGAAAAACUUGUAGACAGAAUCUUCCAACCGAUAGAUGUAAAUCAACUAAUCCAUGCGAGCAACGUUGUACGGACAAUGGGGUAGCUGUAAUAUGCAGUUGCAAUCCUGGUUACGUUUUGGCGAAUGAUAAACGAUCCUGCAUCCCUAAGUCGUCAGAAAAUAAGACCACCGUACCGAAUGAAGGUGAUGAAUUUUCAGCCCUUUGCCCAGCUGGUUAUCGUUAUAACGCCACAAAUCAGGUUUGCGACGACGUGAACGAGUGUAUCGAAAACGGAGUAUGUUCCGGCCGUUGCGAGAAUACUAUAGGAUCUUAUAUAUGCGCCACAAAGAAUAUCCUCAAAAGUCUAUCAGAAGAAGAUUGUCCUCCUGGAUACGAAUGGGAAUCUAUUCCGGGUCGAUGCACAGACAUUGACGAAUGUUUGACAUUACCAAAACCUUGUCCUGAACAGAAAAAUUUUUGUGUCAAUACACAAGGCAGUUUUAGCUGCUUGGAAAUGAAAGGGACAAAAUCUUGUCCAGCUGGAUUUAAAUUUGAUAAGCUAUCACAGCAGUGCAAAGACGUAGAUGAAUGUGCGGAAGCAAUUCACAGUUGCAUCGAAGGUACAGAACAAUGUCGAAAUACCGAAGGUGCGUACGAGUGCGAUGUAAAAUGUACAAAUGGGUUUAUCUAUAAUGUGAAUUUAGGUACCUGUGUGGAUAUUGAUGAAUGCAGCAACGAUUUAUCAAACUGCGGAAAGGACGAACAGUGUAUAAACUUCGAGGGGGGACAUAGAUGUUCUCCUCUAUGUUCACCUGGUUUUGAACUGCGCAAAAAUGAUAAAUAUUUCAAUAAAAUUGAAGAAGUUUGCGAAGAUAUCAAUGAAUGUGUACUUGGACUACAUUCUUGUGACGCGUCCACCCAUUAUUGUGUUAAUACGAAAGGUUCUUAUUCUUGUGAAGUGCUCGCGACAACGACAAAUACAACAGCCAAUAAGUUAAAUAAUGCAAGGAAUAAUAAGAUACAGAGUAUCGAUCGUUAUCAGUUUCUGGAGCCUUGCAAACGUGGAUAUGCAAGAGAUUUAAAAAAUGGCGAGUGCAUGGACAUUGACGAAUGUACAGUGGGUCCUGGUUGCCGAGAUCACGAACAAUGUAACAAUACACCAGGAGGCUACGACUGUUCACCGCUCUGCACCAGUGGCUGGUAUUUUAGUCCGAGUAUAAAAGGUUGCCAAGACGUUGACGAAUGUCUGAUAGGUAGACACGAUUGUCCGCAAACUACCCACAAAUGCGUGAACACAAACGGCUCUUUCUACUGCCAGUUAAUACCACCCUGUGAUAGUGGUUUCAAGCGUACAUUCGACGGCAGCUGCGUCGAUAUCGACGAAUGCUUGGAAAAUUUACACAGCUGCCGAUUGGAGUUACAUCAGUACUGUGUCAACAGAAACGGCAGUUUCGAAUGUGUCACCAGAUUACCUUCUUGUCAAUCUGGCUAUGAAUAUUCUUUGCCUACAGGCCGAUGCGAAGAUAUCGAUGAAUGCGUCACUGGUCAAUACAAAUGUGACACUAGGAUCCCUGAAAAAUGCGUUAAUCUACCUGGCAGCUACAGAUGUGAAAGAUCUACACCCUCUGUACGGCAACGACAGAAACCAGCUUGUCCUUCAGGUUUCAGAUAUCAUCCUCGAUUAAGAAAGUGUACAGAUAUUGACGAAUGUGCGGAAGGAUUGGACAGUUGCGAAGGUGAAGUCUGUUACAACCAGCCCGGUGGUUAUAGCUGUGCAAAACCCCCAAGACCCGCCACUAGAAAAACUACCACGACACCCUUGCCGAUGGCAUCAAACCAAAAAUGUGUUCCUGGUACCAAAUUCGUCAGGAAUCGUGGUUGCGUCGAUGUCGACGAAUGUCGUGAAGUAGAAGACGCGUGUAGCAGCAACGAAGAGUGCGUUAAUACAAUGGGAAGCUACACGUGUAACUGUAAAGUUGGUUUCAAGCGCGAAAAUUUAACUCAAGCUUGCGUGGACAUUAACGAAUGUCAAACACAGGAAGACAGUUGUCUACCAACACAGAGGUGUGACAAUACCAUAGGAAGUUACACGUGCACGCGUUUUCUGCCAUGCGGAACAGGAUACACUUUAAACGCUGCGACAGAAAUCUGUGAAGACGACGACGAAUGCCUUCUUGGUACACACGACUGUGGGGGUGGUUAUCAUUGUAGGAACACCCUUGGCUCUUAUCGAUGCGAUCGUAAUCCGCGUGUACCCGUACCGCAAUCACGAAUUGGAGCCGCGACUACGGCACUGACAACCACUACCACAAGUACAACCACAUCCGUCACUCCUGUAACGUUCAAUCCUCAAGGACCACGUACUUGCCCACGUGGAUUUCAGCUUGUUUCUGGAGGAAAAUGCGUGGAUAUUGAUGAAUGCCAGAAGAAUCCUAAUCCUUGCGGUAGAACAAUGCAAAGGUGUAUCAACACCCUUGGAUCUUACAGAUGUGUGUCAAGAGUGUUAUGCAGCAAUGGAUACACUUUGGACCCAGUAUCAGGACAAUAUUGUGUUGACAUAGAUGAAUGCGCUGAUGGCACAAAUGAAUGCACUACAGACCAAACCUGUGAGAAUAGAUUAGGCGGUUACGUUUGUACCUGUCCUCCUGGGUAUGUAAUUGGACCAAACAAGGACUGUGUUGAUAUUGAUGAAUGUAGUCUCUAUGGAAACGUAUGUGGACCAAGAAGCCAAUGCGAGAAUACUGUUGGUUCUUAUCAUUGCAAAUGUGAAAGUGGUUUUGAAAGCAUUGGUGGGUUUGGUGGUAACUGUCAGGAUGUUGAUGAGUGUUCACAAACUCCUGGUUUGUGUCAGCAUACGUGUUUCAAUGUCUGGGGUAGCUACAGAUGCAUCUGUAAACCUGGAUUCAGGUUGAAUCCUGAUAAUCGUUCUUGUACAGACAUUGACGAAUGCAGUGAAUUUAAAAGCAAUAACUUAUGCGUGGGAAUCUGUGAAAAUACACCAGGAAGUUAUGCUUGUAAAUGCCCGGAUGGUUAUAAGCUUGGACUCAGCGGUCGGACUUGCGAAGAUAUCGACGAAUGUAGAGCAGGGCAUGUGUGCAGAGGUGCGGACGAGAUUUGUCAUAAUACAAGAGGUGGUUAUCGUUGCAAUAAAAUAAACUGCCCUUCGGGUUAUCAUCAAGAUCACGAAAGAAAGAAUCGAUGUGUUCGAUCUCAUCCUUGCUACAUCAGCGACGCAGCUUGCUUCAGGUCACCAUCACAUUAUUCGUACAAUUUCAUCACUCUUGUCAGCAUGUUACCUAUUUCAUCAAAUAAACCGGAAGAGUUAUUCAAAAUGAAGGGGUACCAUUUACCAACGUCGACGAUACAAUUUAGCAUGACGUUUUUGGAAGCACGUGCACCUCCUGGAGUACAACGCGCCACAGAAUCGUGUUUCGCUUUGAAACGGCCAGCACCGACCCAGGCUGUUUUGGUGAUGACACGAAGCAUACAAGGACCUCAGGAAAUCGAACUCGAUCUCAAUAUGGAAGUUUAUCAUAAUACCAUCUUUGCUGGAAGUGCUGUAGCAAAAAUUCUGAUUUUCGUUUCUCAGUACGAAUUUUAAAGAAUUUUGAAAUUUGAGGAGUCACAUAGCUUUCGAUUAGAAUUUUAACAUCAUUUCUCUUAUUUGUAUUAAUUAAUUUUUAAUCUUAUGAUAAUAAGAUUUUUGAUAUUUUACGGUAUGUAACCACUUUCUUGUUAAUUAAGUUCGUGGCUAAACUUCCGAAAACUUUUAUGCUGUGAUUUGAUUAGCUUCAUUUUCCAUGGAGCUAAAAGAACCUACUUCUAAAAUUUCAAUUAAUUCGGAGGAUGAGAGUUUUCGGAAAUACAGCCAAUUUCGUUUCUCUAUACAAAAAAAACAUAUUUCAAAUACUAUAAAAUCAUUAUUCUUUUCGCUGAACUUGUAGAAAAAUCGCUUCCGCUCCGGGAGAUCCUUUUCUACAAGUUCACCUUCUUUUCUCCUUAAUAUGUUCCACAAUACUUCACUUGCAAUUUUACAUACUUUUAUCAAAUAAAUACUUUGCUAUUUUUAAUGUAUAUAUAAAGAAAUGUACUCAGGAUUGUCACUCAAUUUUAAAUAUCAAUCAUAAAUUAUAAGAUUUCGUAAUAAUUAGGAAUAGUUGUAUAGAAAAUGAAAAGAAAACGAAUAGAGCAGUAAUUCUAUUCUGUAUUUUUGGUAAAUUUAUAUGUACAUACUUACAUAGGAUAUAUUUGAGUGUGUACGCAU